AUGUCGGGGGUUGAAGUCUCGGAGGAUUCAUUGUCACAUCCUCCAGGUUUUUCUGAGAGGCUUAAUGGUGAUUAUAAUUUGGGUUCAGGUUGCUAUGAUAGUGAAAAUUCGGUCACCGAGGAAAUAAGAAAAACAAUUGAAACGGGUCAUCAAAUUGGUUUUAAGAUGGAUGGAUGUUUGGAACAAGUCACGAGAUUGGUGAAUCGGGAGGGGAAAAAAAAAAUGAAGAUGGAGCUUAUCGAUUUUUUGGUGGUUCGUUCUCUUUGGGGAAAUGCUUCAUGUUGUUAUGCGUAUUCUCCUUCUCGUGGCAAUUUGGGGGUGGAGGGUGUUUGGGUUUCAUCUGGAGUAGAGGUUGUUUUUGUUUCAGUUUAUGCUCCGCAAGGGACUGAUAGUAAAAGACAAUUGUGGGGAGAGAUUGGUCAAUUAAUGAAUUCUUGCUCGGGGGAGUUUGUUCUCAUGGGAGAUUUUAAUGAAGUCCGUGAUGAAUCCGAAUGUAUGGGGUCUCAGUUUCAUCCUGCUUCAACUAGGAUUUUUAAUCAGUUUAUUGAGGAUGCGAAUCUGUUUGAUAUUGCUUUAGGUGGUCCUCGUUUCACGCGGAGUGAUAAGUGGGGUUCUAAGUUUAGCAAGUUGGAUCGGUUUCUGGUUUCAAAGGGGCUUUUGGUUUUAUUUCCUCAUCUAAGUUUAGCAAGUUGGAUCGGUUUCUGGAAUCCCUGGCCCACAUCACCAUUUAAUAUUUCUUGGCACACUAUCAUCCAAACCACUCGAGCACUAGGCCUAAUGUGA